AAUGUUCUUUUCAUUUUUCAACAGUGGAUUAAACUAAAUCAGUAGAAGGGCCAGGAAAUUAUUAUAAUUUUAAUAUUCAUAACUCCCUUUAAUAGCACAGUUUCAUAACAAUAAGCACAUGUUGGAUCAUCCAUUAGAUUUUGAAAUUGUCAUUACCUUGAGAGAAAUUGGCAGAGUGAAGCCAGGCAGGUUCCCCCAACACCAUCCAUAGAUUCCACACACUUCAAGAAAUUUUCUUCUGUGACCUGCACUGCCAUUGUAUCCCACACAAUGUAAAGAAUUUCUGCACAAGGGUCCAUGUUGAUAAUCUGGGUGAACUUUUGCUUGACAGCCUUCCAGUAGGACUGUGCAUUCUGAGUAGACCCACUUCUGUCCACUGCCAAGAUCACCAAAGAAUCACUCCUUAUUUGCAUUUUUCCUUCUGGCAAAUUUUUCUAUUUUCCCUGGUCACACAGUGAAAUAGGACUUUCUUUUGAGUCACUUGCGGCGCUAUUGAUGAUGAAAGCAACACUGCAUCUCGCUUUUAUUCAGAAAGUUACGUCAUCCAUUUGAAAGCUGCAUCUUACAAAGUUGCAUCAGGAAGCUUAUGCAACACUCGGGGCAUAAGAAAUCAGCUUCGUUUGCGUCAACAUUCCGGGAAACGCACUACUGUUAUGUAGUGUUGGAACUUCGGCAAUUAAAGGUAUUGUAGACUGCACCAAGCAUAAUGAUGUACAAACUUUCGUGGAUAUUGAAACAAAUGAGUGGAACCGGAGUUCAUUUUUCGGAAGUUGCUGACUGAAUGAUGCAAUGUGACCAAUGACUUUGCGGUCGAAAACCGAGUCAAAUGCCGCUGUGGCGGUCUCGUCGAGCACCGAGUACGCCACGGAGUCGUCCAAGACCGGAGUGCAGCAACGCGAACUCAUCAUGGAGAGUCGCUCGUCGUCAUUGAGGGAGAAUCCCCGGAGGCGGUUGUGGGCUCUGCUUCCGCGUCUGGACACGAUUUCGGAUGCCUUGUCUCCAAUCUCUUCCAAACCUGCACAGUCCGUGGAAAGUCAUGCCGGCCUGAGCAGAUUCCAGUCGGUGUCUGCGGCGGACGAGGAAAUAGUCGGUGAUGAAGACCAACAUGGCGGCGAUCUUGAGACCCAUGCAAAUCCCAACGAAUUUGUACCGAAAGUUGACGAUGUCGUACCACAGGCAUCUGCCCGAACGACCACCGCAAGCUCCUCUUUUCCACACGGUACAUGUGGAAUCGAUCACAUUCCCAAACAUGAUGGGGGAAGGAACGUAGCCGAAGAGCCGGAAAAUGACGAACCUGGAUGGAAGAGAUGAGUGCAUCAGUUUUUGCUCGGGAAGGAGGCAAAUGUCGGAAUUGGGCGGAGGAACCUCACAAGCCCAAAAUUGUUUUACACUUCCAAUGCGCCGGAUCAACUCCAAGUGCUUGGUUCUGUGCUGAUUUUUGAAAUCAGUGCUGCACUACCGAACGAUCACCUUACCCCACCGAGGAAGAACACUCACCCAAAGAGGACCCCCCAUUCAUUGGCGGUGGCAUGGCAAGAGACCCUUCACG